AGGGAGAUGAACCACGCCGCAGGUCCCGGAGCAGCAGACGAGCCGGGCAGACCCGUUCACUUAUCGUCCUCCUCCUCGGCCCUCCUCCUUUCUCUACGGGACACCUCACACCGUCCGGGAUCAUGCUGUUCCUUCAUACGGCUGAGUUAUCAUCGCCCUGUUGGAUCGCAGCUGAGUGAAAGAGAAAGUCCACACUGGAGCUGAACCCUGCGCACUUGCCUUGUUUUUUUAAACUUUGCCACUGUGGAUGAGCUCCCUGAUUUCUGAGUAACUCCAGCGGAUUUUCUGGCUCGCUUUUCUCCCCCACAUAUCUUGGACUAUUCCCACAGCAGAGGAGAUAUGUUUCUCUUGUUCGUGGUCAGCCUGGCUGUGUUUUCAGAUGCAGGUCUGUCUGAGGUGGUGUUUAAUGGGGGCGUGGCCCCCCGUUGUGAGAACCGCGCCUGCAACCCCCGCAUGGGGAACCUCGCCUUGGGUCGCAGGGUGCUGACGCAGACCGUCUGCGGCAACAACGGCAGCGAGCUCCACUGCUUCUACUCCGACCCCGACGCCAACCUGGCCUGCAGCCCCGCCAAGUGCACCAAAUGCAACGCCGGCCUGCCCCACCUGUCCCAUCUGGCCGGGGCCAUGUCCGACUCCUCCUUCCGUCACCCGAACACCUGGUGGCAGUCGGCUGGAGAUGUGGAGUCGGAGACUGUGCAGCUGGACCUGGAGACGGAGUUCUACUUCACGCAUCUCAUCCUGGUGUUUCGCUCACCUAGGCCUGCCGCCAUGACUCUGGAGCGCUCGCAGGACUUCGGGAGAACUUGGAGGAUGAUGCAGUACUACGCCACCAACUGCAGCGCCGCCUUCAGGCUGGAAGACGGAAAGGCAGGCAUUGGCCAGGAUGGCGCCACCUGCACGUCCAAGUACUCAGGCGCCUACCCCUGCAACCGCGGAGAGGUGAUCUACCGAACCCUUCCGAAGUGGGAGUCCCUGGAUCCUUACGGGCUGAAGGGCCAGCAGCAGCUGAAGGUGACCAACAUCCGGAUCAGACUGCUGAAGCAUCAGAAGUGUCCCUGCCAGGCCAAAGACCUCACCUCCGCACACGAACCCCUCCCCACCCGACACUUCGCCAUCUACGACCUGAUAGUGAAGGGGAGCUGCUUCUGUAACGGCCACGCCGAUCAGUGUGUCCCCAUGCCGGGAUACCAGCCCAUCAGAGACCGGACCAACCACGUGGUCCAUGGGAAGUGUGUGUGCAGACACAACACUGCAGGUGAUCACUGCGAGCGCUGCGCUCCUCUGUACAACGACAGACCGUGGCAGCCUGCCGAUGGACUGACGGGAGCGCCGCAUGAAUGUCGGAAGUGCAAGUGUAACGGACACGCUCAGAACUGCCGCUUUGAUUGGAUAGCGUGGCGAGAGUCUGGCCAGCGAAGCGGAGGCGUCUGCGAUUGUCUGCACAACACCGAAGGGCGACAGUGUGAGAAAUGCAAGCCAGGCUUUUACAGAGAUCCCAACCGACCACACGCCGCCCCCGACACCUGCAAACCAUGUAAUUGUCACCCCAUGGGCUCAAUGCCCUUCCACUUGGCAGACGGCUCGCUCUGUGACCCCGCAAACGGGAACUGCAUCUGCAAACCAGGCAUCGGUGGAGCCCACUGCGACAGGUGCAUGGUGGGAUACUGGGGCUUUCACGAAUACGGAUGCCGUCCAUGUGAAUGUGCAGGAGACUGUGAUCCGUUUACUGGAGACUGCAUGUUUGGCUCUGAUCUGGAGUUGUACCACCUGGACAGAAACGCCAGUGAGUCAGUCAGAAUCUUCAGAACGGACGAACUCUUCUCUGCUCUUCACUUAGAGAAGUGUGAGUGCCAAGAGCAAAGUCUGACCAACAGCAAACUCUUUUGCACCAUGAAUUAUGCAUACGUGCUGAAGGUGAGAGUGCUAGCAGCUCACGAUAAGGGCUCCCAUGCUGAGGUGGAGGUCAAAGUUCAGAAGGUACUCAGUCAGAACACCAAAAUGAAGAUACAGCGCAGUCGCGUCACCCUUUACCCCGAGUCCUGGACCGCACGGGGCUGCACUUGCCCUAUCCUCAAUCCAGGAGUCAAGAAAAUGUUUUCUUUGCUGUCGCUGCUGCAGCUCAAGAAUUUCAGCAGCAUGUCCGAGAACUGA